AUGGCUGCCGAGCACACGGUCAAGGCCUAUGACGAGGAGCUGGAUCGCAUGAACAACGCGAUCCUGGAGAUGGGCGGCAUCGUCGAGCAGCAGCUCGCCGCUUCGAUCGCUUCGCUGGCCCGCCGCGACGACGAACUCGCCUCGCGCGUCAUCACCGACGAUCGCCGUGUGGACGCGCUGGAGGCCGAGAUCGACCAGCUCGCGGUACGCAUCUUGGCACUGCGCCAGCCGGUGGCGGUCGACCUCCGCGUCAUCACCGCCUCGCUCAAGAUUGCGAGCGACCUCGAGCGAAUGGGGGACUACGCCGCCAACGUCGCCAAGCGCUCUAUCGCCAUCCAGGAAAUCGACCCCAUCCGCCUCACCCACGCGAUCUCGCGCAUGGCGGGCAUCGCCCAGGGCAUGAUCAAGGACGUGCUCGAUUCCUUCCGCGACCGCGAUGUGGAGCGCGCCAUGGCGGUCUGGCGGCGGGACGAGGAUGUCGACGAAUCCUACAACAGCCUUUUCCGCGAGCUGCUCACCUACAUGAUGGAGGAUCCGCGCCGCAUCACGCCGUGCGCGCACCUGCUCUUCAUCGCAAGAACAUCGAGCGGAUCGGCGAUCAUGCGACCAACAUCGCCGAGACCGUGA